UGCCUCCAAGCCCAUCCCAAGAUGGCGGAAAUCCCUCUGUACUUUGUGAACUUGCAGGAUGACUUAGACGACUAUGGAUUUGAAGACUAUGGUCCAGAUUGUGACAGCAUGAGACUGACAGCCUUCUUGGACAUCCCAGGCCAGGACGAGCUGCCCCCACUUGCACGCCUGGAAAAGUACGCUUUCAGCGAUAACGUCUUCAACCGUCAGAUUAUUGCCAGAGGACUACUUGAUAUCUUCCGGGACUUCAGUAACAAUGAAGAAGACUUCUUAACAGUGAUGGAGAUUGUAGUCAGAUUGUCAGAAGAUGCAGAGCCCACAGUGCGGAUUGAGCUGUUGGAACAGAUUCCUCCGAUUGCUACUUUUUUACGAGAAAAUAGACCAGAUUUUCCAGUGGUGUUUUCUGAAUAUAUCAUACCUGUGGUAGUAAGGGACCUUACAGACCCAGACAAUCAGGUUAGAAAAUCCAGUCAGGAAGUGCUCUUGAUUCUUCUGGAACAAGAUCUAAUUUUCCAGGAUGAUACUGAAAACAGAGUAUGUCCGAUUCUGCUGGAACUGUCUGCCCCGGAGAGUGACGCUGAGUACCGAGCAGAAGCCGUGAGUAUAAUCUGCAAAAUGGCCUCAGUGGUGAGCAAGAGCACAGUUGAGCGGCUGCUGCUCCCUCGUUUCUGUGAACUGUGUGGUGAUGGGAAGCUCUUUCAAGUUCGAAAGGUGUGUGCUACCAAUUUUGGUGAUGUUUGUCAUGCUGUUGGACAAGAAGCCACAGAGAAAUUUUUGCUCCCCAAGUUUUUUGAGCUCUGCUCAGAUACUGUAUGGGGUAUGCGGAAAGCCUGCGCAGAGUGCUUCAUGGCCGUGUCCUACAACACCUCCCCUGAGGUCCGCAGGACUCAGCUCUCCCCUCUCUUCAUCGGGCUCCUCAGCGACCCCUGCCGAUGGGUACGCCAGGCUGCCUUCCAGUCCCUUGGCCCCUUCAUUUCCACCUUUGCAAACCCCUCCAGGGCUGGCCUGUAUAUCCAAGAGGAUGGUACCCUGAGCAUGCGGCCACCACGCCAGGAUCCGGGGGCUGAUGCUACCUCUGGCUCAUCUAGUCCUGGUGCUUAUGGGGGCGCCUCCCCUAUCAGCCCAACAAGGUAUGUGCAGAGAGAACCAGAGCUGUGUUUGGGAGGAACACCAACAGAAACCAGUGCUUUCCAGCAUGGAGAUAGCUCUUCUCAUGGCCUCGCAGAAAAUCCAAAGCAGAGUCCUGCUUUGACUAGGCUUUCUCUCGGGGCCAGUGUGACCACAGGACUCCCCCCUGCUGACGAAUCCCCCAUCAACAGCCAUCCCGGGAAUUCAGAAGACGUGUUCAAUAACAUCCUUUAUUGGCGGACUCCUCUCCCUGACGUAAGCCAGGACGUGGAGCUGUUUCUGAGUGAGUCUGGGGUUCAGGAAGAAGGCUGCAUGAGACCUGAGACUGUGUAUAGCAGCUGUAUGGCCAGGAGUGAGAUUCAGAAAGUGCUCAGGAGUCUACAGGAGCAUAUGACAAAUGAUCCAGAUGUUCAAGCUCAAGUUCAGGUUUUGUGUGCUGCUCUGAGAGCUGCCCAGCUGGACUCCACGAAUGAACCUGAGAGCAAGCCGCCAGGAGGCCCGGCUGAAGUGUCCGUUUCAGAUCCCAGCCCUGCCUCGACAUCCAGACCCCCGUCAGCUCCAUCAGCUCAGAACGGGCUCUCCGUGGCCAGGAUAUCACAAGGCACAGAUGCUGGUGAUGCCAAAGAUGGAACCAGUGACCAUUUGGAGACUCAGCAGAAGCUCGAACCAACUACCCUUGAAGAGAAUAAAUCUAAUUUACAGGAUGUAAUUCCUCAGCCUCUGCUAGAUGAGUUUGUAUCCAUGACGGACCCUGCUCGAGCCCAGACCGUGGACACUAACAUAGCCAAACAGUGUGCCUACAGCCUCCCUGGGGUGGCACUGGCCCUGGGGAGGCAGAACUGGCACUGUCUGAAAGGCACCUAUGAAACGCUGGCUUCUGAUGUUCAGUGGAAGGUCCGUCGGACCCUUGCAUUCUCUAUUCAUGAGCUAGCUGUGAUUCUGGGGGAUCAGUUGACGGCUGUUGACCUGGUGCCCGUCUUCAAUGGAUUUUUAAAGGAUCUGGAUGAAGUACGCAUAGGAGUACUUAAACAUCUGUAUGAUUUUCUAAAGUUGCUCCAUGAAGACAAGAGGAGAGAAUAUCUUUAUCAGCUUCAAGAAUUUGUAGUGACUGCUAACAACAGGAAUUGGAGGUUUCGGUAUGAGCUAGCAGAACAACUGAUACUGAUUUUGGAACUCUAUAACCCCAAUGAUGUUUAUGAUUAUUUAAUGCAUAUUGCCUUAAGAUUAUGUGCAGAUAAAGUUUCUGAAGUUCGGUGGAUCUCCUUCAAACUAGUUGUGGCAAUUCUGCAGAAGUUCUAUUCAAACAGCGAAGGUGCACUGGGGUUAAAUUUCAUCAAUGAACUCAUCAUUCGGUUUCGGCACUGCUCUAAGUGGGUUGGAAGGCAAGCUUUCGCUUUCAUUUGCCAGGCCGUGGUGAGCGAGGAAUGUGUCCCUGUGGAGCAGUUUGUUCAGCACCUGCUUCCCAGCCUCCUGAGCCUCAAGUCGGAUCCUGUGCCCAACGUGAGGGUUCUGCUGGCCAAAGCUCUGCGACAGACCUUGAUGGCAAAGGCAUAUUUUAGAAAUGCUGGUAACCCUCAUCUUGAAGUCAUUGAAGAGACUGUGUUGGCUUUGCAGUCUGACCGGGACCAGGAUGUUUCCUUUUUUGCCACCCUAGAACCAAAGCAGCAGGAUGUAACAGACACUACUGGCCUGGAAAAGCGAAAUUAACUCCUUGGUGAUGCUUUGCAGGCUGGUGGCUUCACGCUUGGCACCUGUGGCUUGGAACUUGCAGGUGAACUGAAUGUUCCACCUGCUGAAGGAGAAGAGAUGUGUGACCUCAGCCAUCUACCCAAGUGACUGACCCUUCACUGUCUGCGGCUGUGGACGGAGCCCCAGCUAGGGACUUUUUCAGGUGGCCAAGACCAGUGUUGUGCCGCCUGCACUUCCAGGCCUGACGGGGCCAGUCUGUGCAGAGGUUGUGGGGCACUGGUGGGCAUUGGGCCUCCGUGCCAUCUGCCUGCCUACCAGCGAUUUCUCUGUGACAGAUUGUUAUUGGAUGUCCCCUUGGCCCCAAUCAAGUAGCUUAUCACAUGCUCUUAAUUCUUUAACAGACCUGCAUAUUUACUUCCCUUAUGCUUACUUAUAAAAUCUAGUGUAUGAUGUUAUGUUUUAUUUUUAACUGAAAUACUGUAUAUAUGUAAAUAGCCCUUAACAGGAUGAAAAUAUCAAUAUUAGCCUCCUGUUAGUGAGCUGAAACAGCACAUCAUGUAAAUUUAUGUGCCACUUUGAGUUGCUGCAAAUAUAAACCAGUUUGUUUACUAUUACACAGUGUGAUAAAUCUUUUUUUUUCUUCAGUACUGGGGAUCAAACUCAGGACCUUGUGUUUGCCAGGCAGCACUUACACCACUGAGUUAUCUUCCCGGUCCUUUGAUAAAGAAAUCUAAAGAGUGACUUACUGUCGUCUUUCAAAUUCUGUCCUUUUGUUAUCAGCUGUACUUGGAGCAGCUCCAGAAGCCCUCAGCGCCCCCUUCCUGCGGGAAGUCUAUGCACAGAGAUGUGGGCUGGGCCUGGCUAGGGCAGGAAGCUGGAAGUGUUUGCAUUUUUAUGUGGAUAUAUUGUUUGUAACAUGUGUAUGAACUCAGGAGGGAAACUGAUAGUUGAGAUGCGUGGGCAUUGACUUCAGGGCUUUAAGAGCUCAGCAGCAAUAAAUAGGAAACCAUAGUUCAGAUCAGAAAUUGCACAGCAAAUCCCAGUUGAUUUAAGUUGACGUCAGUGCUGGGGACUUUAGAAUUCAUGCUUUAAAAUGUUGUAUGGAGAGAAAAUGCCCUGGAAUUUAACUUGGCCAUUCAGUGACUGUUAAUCAGGGUUCCAAAACACCAGCUUCAGUUCUGCAGGCGCACAGGCUGCUGCCAUUUUUAUUUCUGCUUUUAGCUCCCCAAAGGCGCGGGAGUGGGGGUCCCAGGAACUGGCUGCAGAGGAUGUGGGAGCUGUUUCCAGGUUUCCCUCUUUUCUUGUAUGUCAUUUAUUUUUUUUAAAUAAAAUGUCUGAGACUGUAUUGAGUUUCCUGGUAAAAAGCAUAUCCCUUUUCCAACCCCCAAAUUCCAUUGAUGUGAUUCUUUAAAGAGGAGGGAAACUGUCGGUGCUACAGAAAAUAAGGUAUGUAUGAGUGAAUUUCAAGCCAGGGUAGCAACAGCAUAUUUGGCAGAAAAUUCAUUAAAUUAGAGAUUACAUUAAAAAAAAAA